AUGAUGAAGGCCGUGCAAUUGACUCGUGAGUCGACGAGUGAGGCCCCGAAAAUGUCGACGACAACUCUACCAAUACCCCAGCUACAGCCUGGGCAUGCCCUCGUUCGAAUCCACUAUACCUCCAUCCAACCGUCCGACAGACUCAACGCACAAGGCCUUUUCCCAUACACCACAUUUCCUCGCAUUCCAGGCCGUGAUUACUCUGGAACCGUUAUUGAUAUUGAAGGGGACUCAAAGGAGACGAGAUCAUGGAUUGGAAAAGAGGUCUACGGGACUAGCGGUUCAAGCCUCGGUUUUGAUCUGGAUGGCACGCAUGCCCAGUACUGUCUGAUCCCACAGUCUGCGCUCGUUGAGAAACCAGUUGCUCUUUCAGCCAUUCAGGCUGCUGUUGUCGGUGUUCCAUUCACAACUGCGCUCAUCUGCCUGCAGCGCGCUCAGGUGAAGGAAGAAAAUACGGUACUCGUUCUCGGCGCCAAUGGGGCUGUCGGCUCCGCCGUGACACAGAUGGCGAGGGCGAUUGGAUGUAAGCAAGUCCUUACCGCUGCUCGAGGAGGCAAACCGGAUGUCAUGCUGGGCUCUCAUGCUUCGCUGAAGCAACAAAUUUCAGCAUUGACUGGCGGAAAAGGGGUCGAUGUUGUCAUCGACACAGUAGGCGAUUUGAGCCUGAUGUCUGAAUCACUCGAGGAACUGGCUGUCAAGGGCCGUUACGCUUGGAUCACCGCUCCUAGAGAAUGUGCUAGCAAAGAAUUGACUUUUGAUGUGUUUCAGGCUUAUCGCAAGGAGAUUUCGCUCCUUGGGUGCAAUUCUGUUGCUCGCACACUAGAAGAGACUGCCGGGUAUCUGAGAUCCAUGCAUAACUGGGUCGACCAAGGGCUUUUGAAAUCCCUAGAUGAGACAACCUUUGAGAUAGUUAAGUUGAAUGACGCGGUUGAAGCCGGUUAUGGCGGAGCCUCUCAAAAAGUAGUCAUUGACAUGUCAUGA